UUUUUAACCUGUGAAAUAUUCACUUCAAAAUUAAAAAAAAGCAGACAUGUUAAUAGUUGUAGAUAACUAAUAUUAUCAAAUAUAUAAAGAAACAAUUGAAAGGAACUGUAAUCAGAAUUAAGAAGAAAACAAUAAAGAAAUGGGUGAACGAAAAGGUGUCAACAAGUAUUAUCCUCCUGAUUAUGACCCUUCAAAGGGUGGACUUAACAAGUUUCUUGGAACUCAUGCAUUGAGAGAACGUGCAAGAAAACUUCAUGAAGGAAUUCUUAUAAUUAGGUUUGAAAUGCCAUUCAAUGUAUGGUGUCUUGGGUGUAAUAACCACAUUGGCAUGGGGGUUCGUUAUAAUGCACAAAAGCGUAAGAUGGGAAAUUAUUAUACCACACCAAUUUAUAAGUUUCGAAUGAAAUGUCAUUUAUGUGAUCAACAUUUUGAGAUACAAACUGAUCCCAAGAACUGUGACUAUUUAUUACUAAGUGGAUGUCGCAGGAAAGAAGAAAGGUGGGAUACUGAAGCUGCGGGAAAUGUGCAAUCAAUGGAACGUGGUAUGAAACAAAAACUUAUGUCUGAUGCUAUGUUUAAACUUGAACAUCAGUCAACUGACACUUCUAAGGCUAAAAAGGUAGCACCAACAUUGACACUGUUAGAAGAAUUAAGGGAAGAUUGGAGUGAUGAUUUCAGAAUAAAUCAAUUACUGAGAGAAAAAUUUAGAAAUGAGAAGAAGGAAAUUCUUAAAGAUGAAGAAGAAAUGGCCGCAUUCAAAUUAAAGUCCAAUUUACCUGAGGAUUUGACACUUGUCAAAGAAUCAGAAGAAGAUAUUGUUAAAGCAAAGAGAAUUAAUUAUGGUGAAGGUACCAUGCGGCCGGACCUCUUGUACAAUCACAAAAAACGUACUAUCAAACAGUCUUCUAUAUUUGACUCUUCCAAUGACGAUAUUAAAGUUCAGCUUGCAAAAUCGCUCGCUCGAAAUACCAGCAACAAAAACUUAAAAUUAACACCUGCACUCUGUCCUCCGUUUGGGGUAAUGAUAAAGCCGAAAUUGAAGCGUAAAAGCAUAUCCGCUACUGAACCUGAAAGCAAUAUUAGCGAAGAAACUCAAACUAUAAAUAGUCUUUCGUCUACAAAUAUAUACAAUAAAUCUUUAUCAGAGCCUUUCGAAAUAACGACAAGUUCUUCAAAAACAACGACGGAUCCUUAUAGAACAACCACGGAUUCUUAUAAAGCAACAACGGAUUUUCAAUCUUCCUUUAAUGAAUUAGAAACAGAUAUUGUACUAAGUAAAAAUUCGUUAAAGGAACUUGAAAAUAAAACAUUAAACUGUGGUCAUGCUGUUGACCACGAUGGCGGUGCUGAAGGUAUCGAUGACGGUGACGGUGUCAAAGGUAAAAAUUCAACCUAUAAUCUUAUUGUUGACUGCGAUGACGGUGCCGAAGUAAGACAUUCAAAUUUUUCAAAAUUAUAUAAAAAAGAAUUGUUAGUUGACUAUGAUUCUAGUGGAGCCGAAAGUUAAAUUAAUUUUAUAUGUGGUGUGUGUACAAUAUAUUGUAAUAUAUUUAGUGAAUUAGCGAAUGAAGACGAAAGGAAUCCCCUCUAGUUAACUCCGUUUUCAGAAAUUUUAUUAUUAACUUUUUUAAUCAAUUACGAUAAAAGUUGUUAAAUUUUUUGUUCUACAAUACAUAUUAGAAACAAUCGAAUUGAAAGAUUUAAAAAUA